AUGCUAAGUAGAAUUUUUUUCUCUCUAUUCGCAAUUUUAUCCUUAUUCUUAUUUUUUGAUAAACACAAUUCACUGUUAAAUGAAGAAAAAAAUGAAAAAGCUAUUUUAUUGGCCUUAUUGAAAAAUACCUUUGUGGAUAAUAAAGAAUUCAAAACUCGCGAUGAUUUAAAGAAUGAAAUAUACAAUAUAAAAAAAAUGCAGUUAUAUCCAAGUGAAUAUGAUAAAUUUGAAAAGUUUUUAGAAUUAUUUUUUAAAUACUAUGGUAUUCCUGUUAAAAUUAAUGAAGAAGAAAGAAAAAUAUUACAUACUUCUGGGAUAUUUAAUGGACUUUAUGUGGAUGUAGAUAUAUUAGGUGAAGAAAGACUAAAGGAUCAUUUUGAUGAUAUUAAAGAAAAGGCACAUAGUUUAAUUAACUUCAUUUUUCAUAGUAACUUAAUAUUUCCUCAAUAUGAUAAAGAUUUAUAUAACAAAUUACACGAAAAUAAUGAAACAAUUCUUCAUAAGAAUGAACAUUUAGAAUAUUUAGGAAAUUUAUUUAAGUAUUUACUUAAUUUAAAAAAUAGCGAUUUAAAUCAUAAUUCUAAUGGUGAUUUUAUUAUAAAUUUCUAUAUUAAUUAUGUUAAUAUUAUGAAUCCUUAUGAUACAAACCUAUUACCCAGUCAUGAAAACUUUAGUAAAUAUAAUGAAUUAUAUGUAAAUAAUGAAGAAAAUAAAUAUAAAAAUGAAUAUGAUCAAAUUGAUUUAAAAGGAAUUAUAGCAGACAAAGAACAUGAACUAAUAGAAAAAGAAAAAAGAAAUUUUUAUAAUCAAAAUGGUAAAACAGAUGAAAUAGAUGCAGAAAAAAUUUUACAAGAACUAAAUCAGAAAGAAGAAGAACAACAUCCAGGAAUUGGUCAGUAUGAGGAAACUCCAAUAAAUAAAGCAUAUUUAGAAAAAAAAACAUUUAAAUAUGCAAAUAAAGAAAAUAACAGUGAGGAAAAUAUUCCAUUAAAUCAAAAAAUUGAUAAUUCUGACGAUACAAAUUCGAAUAAAAUAUAUGAACAAGAAAUAUAUAACCAAAUAUCACCUUUAUACACGAAAGAAUUUUUAUCUAACCCAUUUUAUAUGUUUGGAUUAAAUAAUGAAUUAAGAAUCCCAAGAAUUCAAAAAACAUAUUUUGAAAAUAAUAACAAUAGAACAAAUGAGCGUAAUUUACGAAGUAACACUAAUCAUAAUGAAGCUAAUAUAAAAGAAGAAAUUAGGAAAAAGGAGAACCUAGAAAUUUUAACAUAUAUAUUAAGUAUUUUAAGAAAAAUAUUAUUCCCUAAUGGAAAAAAAAAUGCACAUUUAGAUUUAAAAGGGAAUAAUAAACAAGGAGAAGAAUCUAUUCUUUUGAAAAGUAAUAAAAAUUAUCCAGUAUAUAAACAAAAAGAAAUAAGAAAUAAGAAAAUACAAAAUAAAGAAGAUAAAGAAGAUGAAAAAAAUACAAAACGAGUUAAAAAUACAAUGUUUGUAAAUUUAGGUCAAAAUGGAACAAAUGGGUUUUUAAAUUUUUUUGAUUUUGGAGAAGGUUCAUUAAAAAAAAACCUUAAAGAUUUAUUUAUAGUUAUGGAGGAAUUAAAAAUAUUUAAUGUAUUUGAAACAGCAAUUUUCGUUCAAAAAUUCAAAGAAAAUAUUUGUGCUUCUUAUUGUAUGAAUAUAACUGAUGCUGUAGAAAUAUCUAAUUUUGAUUUAUUUUUAUAUAAGAAUAUGAAUUUUCAUUAUACAAAUGAUAGUAUGACUAUAAAAACAACAACUAUUAAGGAAAUCAACCUUAUGGAAUUUGAAAAAAUACUUAAUUUAUUAAAUAUAAAUGGAGAAACUAUUGCUUUAAAUUGCCCAUGCAAGCAUUAUUCUGACAAAAUAAUUUCUUACUGCAAACAAUAUAAAAGAAAUUUAAAAGCAUACUUUGAAAAAAUAAAAAUAUCUGAAUAUGUAAAUAAGUUUUCCCCCUCUUACGCUUUAGAACAAUUAAAAAUUUUCCAAGAUAAACUGAUUCAUAUAAAAGAGUAUGGUAAGAUAUAUACAAUUGAUCCAAAUACAGAAUAUGCAGGUGAUAAUUUUUAUAAUACUGCUUAUUAUCAUAAUGAUAGGUACUUUCCACCCCUAGAUAAAUCAGAAAAUAAUAAUAUAAACAUCGAAGAUUUUAAAUUUCCUGACAUAGAUGCUAUUAACUUUUACUAUAACGGUACAUUAGUAAAUAUAAAUCAUGUAUCUGAUAUUACAAAAAUCAUCAAUGAGGAAAUAAAAGCUAAAAUAUUUUAUAUUAACUCUUAUAGAAUAGGAGAACAAUUUUUUCCCAUGUACAAUAAUCUAGGGAGAGAUGACCAUGAUAUACGAUUAUCAGGAAUGUCUGCAAAACCUAAAUUAAAUAGUUUCCACAUGUUAUAUAGAAAAUAUAAAGAUUAUAAAUAUGACAACUUAAAAUCAAUAUUUACUAAUAAUAAACAAAGGAAAAAUAAUAAUUCAUUUUUCCAUGGAAUGAAUGAUAGUAAUAAAUGGAUACCUUUGCAGAAGCUACCAAGUCAUGAAGACUUCUAUAAUAAGAAAAAAAUGUACACAAAUAUGUUUAAUGUAAGGGAACCUAAAAUAGACGAAAAAGAAUUGAGAGAAUACAUUAACAGAAAAUAUGAUGCUUUAAAUGAAAAAUUAGAAGCAAAUAAAAUAAAAUUAUCAGGUAAUAAUAUAGUUGAAGAUAUAAGCGAAGUGAGUGAAGAUGAUACUAAUUUGAAUUAUGAACCUAGAUUAAAAAAUAAUACACCAUAUGAAAAUAAAUAUAAAUCAAAAAGAACAAUAAAUUCAAGAUAUUUAAUUUAUUUUUUAAAAAACAUAGAUGUAUGGACAGCAUAUACAUAUUGCUCAAAUAUAAACUAUAUUAAUAAACUAUUAGAAAGAGCAAAUUUUAAUGAAGAUAUUAUAUUUAAAGAAAAUUAUGACACGUAUAGUGUUUCUCUUUAUUUUUCAAGUGAAAAAGUUCCUAGAUAUGAAAUAUAUAUGGAUUUUUUUGUAUUUUUAUUAGAAAAAGUAUCAUUACUUAUAUAUAUAGAAGAUUUGUGUGGCAUUUAUACAUAUGGAAGCAAUAAUAUAAAUAGUAAAAUGAAUAAUUUUUUAGAAAAUAAUAGUAAUAUAUUUGCAUUUUUAAGGAAUGGUAUAGUUGGUAUUUAUGAAAAAUAUGAAGAAAAAAAAAAAUAUGCAAAGGAAUUAUCAGGUAUUUCAAGUUCCAAUUUGUUUGCUACUAGAAAAAAUGUAACUUUUAAUUCCUCAUCAUAUAAUAAUAUUACAUUAGAAGAAAAAGAUCUUUAUCAAAUUUUUUUUAUUUACAUGGAAGAAAUAUUACAGCAAAAAUUGCUUAGUGAAACUUGGCUCAUUCCUUUUGGAUACAUGAUUUAUUCUCAAAAAGUAAAAGAUCGUAAUAAUCAUUAUUUGAAAAUUUUUCAAAAUGGCCAUAUAACUAAAUUUUCUAGAAAUGCUGUUGAUAAAUAUAUAUAUUAUGAAUAUAAAAAUGUUACUUCUGCUAUACAUAAUAUUUAUGAUGAAAUACAUGAUAAUGUACCUGAAUAUAAUGGAAAUCUAAAAGUAUAUAAAUUAAUCAUUUAUAAUGAUAAUCCUUCAAUGCCUAAUAUUAUUAUUAAAACAACAGUUAAUGUUUUAAACAUUGCUUUUUUACAAAGUAUAUUGGAAGUUUUAUUAGAUAUUAGAAGCCCUCAACAAUUUUUUUCAUAUGAAGGAAAAUAUUUGCCAAUAAAUGCAUAUGUAUUAUUAGAAGAUGAAAUUAGUUAUAUAUUCUUUAAUUAUAUACCAAAUGAAAAUAAUAUUGAUAGUACUCCUCCAUUCUUUUAA